AUGGUGCAGGUUAACAACAAAGAAAAGUCAGAGUUGGUACAAAAAAAUCGGACCUCAUCAAGUAAAAAAAACUUUUUAUUUGUCCGUCCAAGUGUCCCGGUUUACAAUACCCUUUUAAAGGGCCUCAGAGAUCACGGCUGCUCUGCGCUUGCUUACAAGUUUUUUGUUGAUAUGAAGAAAAGAGCCCUUGUUCCUGACCUGAUCUCAUACAACCUUCUUUUGGAUUCGAUUAUUAGGCGAGCCAUGCUCGAUGCAUCGCCUAGGGAUUCAUGUGGGCCAGAUUCGCGGCUUACGGAGCAAGUGCAAGAUCCUCUAAAUUUUUGUUGGGACCAGUUUCAAGAAAUGAAGUUGAAAAUCUCUUCACAGCAAAAAACGGAUUUUAGGCUCGUUUUUAAUACCCUGAUCAAGGCCAUUGGUAUUCUUGGCCACAAGUACGGAUCUGACCUUGACACGCUACGAGUUGUUUUCUCCCCAUUUGUUGAGGAAAAUAAAUUUCCUCUGUCUCCUGGCUUUGGGAUAGCCCCAUGUUCAGAUACCAUUUGCAUAGCCAUCAAGGCUGCCAUUAAUUUAAACGCCCCUCUUUGGUUCAUUGAGGCCUAUUAUGAUGGGGCCGUUUGCUCCAAAAUACAAAUCGACCCUUUUAUUGUGUGUUCGUUAUUGUCUGCGUAUCGUCUGCACAUGUCUGGCCUUGCACUGGAUAGCCCAGAAAGAAUCAAGAUCGCCGAAAAGUGUAUUGCCAUCGUGGACGAGCAUGCCAAAUCAGCGCCUUUUCUCAAAUCGGAGCUUUUUCAUGGUCUAGCAAUGACCAUUUACAUGUCAACUGCCUGCACGUGUAAAAAGGAGCAUUUUUUGUCUGUUCUUAUUACUCACUAUGAAAAAUACGGUCGAAUGGUAAAAGACCCCAUCUGCUUAUCUUUAUACAUGCGGGCCGUGUUGUUGUUGAAACAUUCAAAAGAGCUGUCUUUUGUUGACUUGAUGGAAGAAGUAGUCAAAUAUAAGCGACAGUUUCCAAAGUGGCCAUAUGAUAGGCAAAUUGAAAUCCUGUCCGUUUUUGUCCCUAUUUUUGAGGCUUGUAAAGAUGCGGGGGUUAGGGAAGCCAUUCGGGAUUGUCUUUUUAAACUCGAAAAUUCCAAAAUACUUUGGUCAAUUCGCAAGACUCUUGAACACCAAAAGGCUCCACUGUCGGCCGACAAUUUGGCGAAAACAAAAUCUCUCAUCGAGACAUUAAGAAAGUACCAAUAA